AUGGAAACUCCACAGAAAGAGUUUCACUCAAACCAACCAACCCUCAACGAAGGAGAUAGCAUUCAAAACCAGCCCUCAGAACUCGAAAAACAACCAUCAAACCAGACGCCAGACCUUGAAAGACAGCCAACAAACCAGACCACCAAGACACAAACGCAAGGCCCAGAAAUAUUCCCGGAAACAGACCUCAGCCGUGGGAUAGUUGGCUGGGAAGGACAAGAUGAUCCAAAAAACCCUCAGAACUUCUCCUCUGGCAAGAAAUAUGGCUUGCUUGGGUUGAUCAGUGCCAUGACACUAGUCUCCCCACUGGCCUCGAGCAUGUUCGCACCAGCCAUCUCAUAUAUGGCAAGAGAGUUCAAGGAAACCGACCAAACAAUCUUGUCUUUCAGUGUCAGCAUCUACAUUCUCGGAUAUGCCUUCGGUCCGCUUCUGCUAGCUCCUCUGAGUGAAGUCUACGGUCGCCGUAUUGUCUUCAGCGCCGCAAACUGGUGUUUCGUCGUCUGGCAAAUUGGCUGCGCACUCGCAAACAACAUCGAGACUCUUAUCAUCUGCCGCCUGUUCGCUGGAAUUGGAGGCUCGGGUUGUUUGACACUCGGAGCAGGUGUCAUUGCAGACAUGUUCCCUCGCGAACAGCGUGGCAUGGCAACUUCCAUCUGGGCCAUGGGACCCUUGAUUGGGCCCGUGAUGGGUCCCAUUGCUGGUGGAUUCAUCGGCCAGGAAAUCGGCUGGCGGUGGGUUUUCUGGAUUCUGCUUAUUGCAGGAGGCUUGUUGUCUAUUGGUGUCGAGUUUCUUAACGAAGAGACGUACGCUGUUGUUCUUAUCAAAGCGAAAACCGAGAAACUCGCCAAGGAGACGGGGAGAACGGAUUUGCGCAGUGCCUACGAUGAGGAUGAUGAGCCCACUAAUGUGUCAGAUGUCCUAGUGCAAAGUUUCAAGAGGCCGAUGCUGCUGUUGUUCAAGUCCCCCAUUGUGCUCCUUUUGUGUGUUUACAUGUCGUUCGUUUACGGGUUGCUUUACCUCUUCUUCACCACUAUUUCCAGCGUCUUCACUGGACAGUACGGCUUCUCAUACGGUCUCUCGGGACUUGCAUAUCUCGGCAUUGGUCUCGGUUUCAUUCUCGGUCUUGCAAUCAUGGCCUUCACAAAUGACCGGAUGGUUAUGGCAGCAACAGCUAAGAAUGGUGGCAAGUUCGAACCCGAAAUGCGUCUCCCAAUGAUGAUCAUUUUCGCCUGCAUUCUUCCCAUCAGCUUUUUCUGGUAUGGUUGGUCGGCUGAAAAGCACGUUUUCUGGAUUGUGCCUAUUAUCGGCAUGUUGCCCUUCGGAGUUGGCAUGAUGGGCGUCUAUAUGCCCAUCCAGACAUAUGUGAUCGAUUGCUAUCCCAAAUAUGCAGCCUCUGCCAAUGCCACUUUGACCGCGACUCGCUCCCUGGUUGGAGCUUUGCUUCCCCUGGCUGGACCGGCGAUGUUCGAUGCUUUGGGUCUUGGAUGGGGUAACUCGUUGCUCGGAUUCCUCGCUUUGGCAUUCAUGCCGAUUCCAAUUGUCUUCAUCAAGUGGGGCAAGGAUAUCAGAUUGAAGUGGCCUGUUAAUCUUGAUGGCAAGAAAGCCUGA